AAUAGAUGCACUGGCAAAGGGUCCGGUACUCAGCACCAGACUGACGCGACGAUCAGUGCAGUUUUCAACCGCCGUCGGUCUCCCAUGUCUGGUUCGCGCGUGACAUAUACGACGAAGUGUAACUUUCUAAUUGCUGUUCUCCUCAUUCUUCGCCAGUGAAUAUUAUUGAGAAUCAUAUUUCUCGCCACAAUUGGAGAUCAGCGAACUUUCGCCACGCAUUCCUACCGUUAUAUAACGCUUGAACUUGGAGAUCACCAGUUUGCAAUCCGCAUUAACAGUUUACGGACGCAUGCGCCUCGUCGCGUCUAUUUUUGUUUAGAUUCUAUAGGCGGAACGAUAUAUCCGAAAAUUUUCUUCGUCAAGCUGACGCGGCUGGCAUGUUGUUUACUACGAUUGUAUAGUAUAGGAAGUCGCAAUAACAGCUAAUCGUGAAAAAUGUCCAGAAAAUUACCCGUCCGAACGCUCGGGGAGAUCGCGCUUGCUGAAGUGGCUGGAUCCAUAGUCGGGGCUAUCGGCAAUAUGCUCCAGACGACUUAUAACUUCGGAGUGGAACCGGAUUUCACCUUUCUUAUGGUGGAGAUUAAGUCAUACAUGGAGACGAUGGGCGCCACCAGUGCUAUCUACGAAGACCUGCUGCGGGUGAUCCUCUGCUCGGACUCAUUGGAGGCAGUGAUUCGGUUCUGCUGCCUGCAGACUCUACUCAACGAAGCAGUACAUACCUUGAUGACGGAAAUCUUUCCAUUCGCCUACUAUGAGCGAAUACUGCAGGUGAUCGCUGCUCAGGGUAGAGGCUUACGACAACUUAAUAUGAAAGGCGUGUGGGUUAAGGAAGAGUUCAUGUGCUUCAUGUACGAGAUCAUCAAGCAUCUACCGCACUUGACCAAGCUUACGAUUCCACAUAUCGCAAACGACAAUCUUCUGAAGCACAUAAGUGAUUACUGUAAGAAUAUUCGACAGCUGGAUAUCAGCGGUGAAACAGACAUAACUGAUGUUGGAUUGGAAUACCUCAGCUUCGGUGAGUCUAAAAACAACCUAAUUGUGCUCGAUAUCGGUACUCUGGGUGAGGAAAAUGUCUGUCAUACAGAUAUUGCCAUGCUUCUCAUGAAUUUACCCAACCUUGCUAGUUUGGUCAGUUACUCCUACGUUGGAAAAAGUCUUCAAUACAUCAUUGAAAAUAAGGAUCCAGCUUUCCGCUGUAAACUAGUCUACCUUCAUGAUACGGGUACCAAAGUGAAGGCGAUUAACGCUAUCGUUGAUACUUGCCCGCACCUACAGGACCUUUACAUAGACUCUCCUGAGGCGAACACCCUUGGAAAACUCUCCAAAGUCAACCUACGCCGCCUGAAGCUCUAUAAAUUUAGCUGUGCGGAGUUGCUCAACCUCUUGGAAUCUAUUGGAAACAGCUUGAGACAUCUGACUGUUAUCAAAGGUCACGGCACGAUGGAGAUCCACCGUCUCAUUCGUUGCUGUCCAAAUAUGGUUGAUCUGGAUUUCUACAUGAUGGAUUCGUUGAGCUUCUCCGGUGAUCAUGGAUUUGUCGACCUGCAGGGCUUGGAAAUCCUAAGCAGUCCGAUCUCGCAACCCGGUCUUCGAAACCUACUUAGCCUCUCCACUUCGCUCAAACGGCUAGCCAUCGACAGUGUUACCUUCAACGACGAGGACUUCAGUUCGCUCAUGAUUGAAAAGGAUUUCUACAGUUUGGAGGACGUCUGGUUCACUACCGCUCCGCACCUCUCCAUAGCUAGUGUUGAAAUCCUUAUGGACCGCUGUCCGGAGUUACAGAGCCUUGGUCAGCUGAGCGGUUGGUCCCUGACGCCGGACGACGUGACGCUGCUCCGUGGAAUCCUCAAAAGCUGUAACUCCUCCCUGUACUUGUCACCAUUUCGCAUUCCCUACCGACUGCGCCGAACAUUCCCAUUGGUGGUUUAAAAUUUUUACGCAUAAGAUUCUCGUUUUUGGCAACUCGUUCCCAAAUCCAUCCUUCCUUUUUUGUUUCUUUUGUUUUUUUUUCUUUUCUUCGCAUCCCGUUUCCGUUCCAGAUUGUGCAAUCACUGUGAUUCAAGGAGUUAACAGAACAGUGGUGUGCUCACGAGACGUUCGUCUGUCUAAUCGGUCCGGAGAUUGAUAAUAAUUAACAGUUCGAUGACCGGUACUUUGUGAUCUAUAACUGAAAUAAAGUGAUUCGAUUUUAAAUGUGUA